AUGAAGAGUCCAACGUAUUCGGAUCAUUCCUCAUUUAACGAAAGCUUAAAUACCUCUUUACAGGCAGCUAUUGGUGAAUCAAGCUUCUCAUUAAUGAGUAAUUCUGGUACCCAAGAUAGUGCUGAAGAUCUGUCUAUGAAGAUUAGUGAGCAAGAUGAGCUAUACAGGGAAGAGCAAAUGUUUAAAUCAGUAAAACAGGAAAUGGAUGAAUCAGGCAUGAGUGAUGAUCAACACACUGACAAGCAGCCGACCAUUCACCAAGCAGAAGAUCUGGAAGAAGUUCUGGAAGAUGAAAAUGGUGAAAUAGAUGGUUAUACUAAUUCAAGUACCAGUGAAAAUAAUAAGUGGAACUUUGCUCUGGAUUCAAAAUGUAAAAAUACAAUUGAUCAGCAUAAUAAUAAAACAUCAUCAAAAACAGAGGAUCUGAAAUCAGAUAGCGAGAUUCUGGAAAAUUUAGGACGUUUUUCUCAUGUAUCUCAAGACAUGGUAUUGAGUGUUCCUCCAUCAGUAGUCUAG